UAGCGAAGGCUCCGCCCCAAGCCGCAGGCCGCCACCACUUUAUUCACACCCAAACUGGCGGGCCAGAAGGUAACAGCGUCGGUGCCGCAUGGGAAUUGUAGUUUUAACGUGAUUCACUCGACGUCUAUUUCAAGCGCUUGGAACUACGUUUCCCGACAAGCAGUGGGACGUCGUCUGCCCACGUAACGCGGAGCCCGACGGGAGAUGUAGUUUCGCUUCGUGCCGUUGGGCUUUGAGUUUCUCGAGUUCAGCGGCGCGUUGGAACUACGUGUCCCGGCGUGCCUAGCGCUGUGUUUUUCCACCGGGGGUUUUCUCGGCGGCUGCGGAAGGGAGCGAAAGAUGGCGGCUUCGGCGGGGGCCAACGGGCCGGGCUCGGCCUCGUCCUCCAACCCGCGCAAAUUCAGCGAAAAGAUCGCCCUGCAGCGCCAGAGACAAGCGGAGGAGACGGCGGCCUUCGAGGAGGUCAUGAUGGACAUCGGCUCCACCCGGUUACAGGUGCAGAAGCUCAGAAUGGCGCAUAUGAGGGGCCCUUACUAUGGGGGGUCACUCCCCAACGUCAACCAGAUCGGCAGCGGCGGCAGCGCAGAGUUUCAGUGCCCCCCACAUUCCCCCCUGGAAUCAUCUCGCAGCACCCGCCACCAUGGUCUCGUGGAGAGAGUUCAGCGAGACCCCCGCCGGAUGAUGUCGCCCCUGCGCCGAUACAUGCGCCAAUUGGACAGCUCUCCCUACAACGCCUCCUACCUCUCACCGCAACAGGAGCCCAGCUGGAGAAGGAACAUGCCCUGGGGAAACUACCCCUCGGACACAGGACAGCUCUUUAGGUUGCCGACCGCCCUAAACAGGACAAACUCGGACUCUGCUCUCCAUACCAGCGUGAUGAAUCCCAGCUCACAGGAUCCAUACGGAGCCGCACAGGGCAUGGCGCUGCCCAACAGGAGAACCGCGUUUCUCUUUCCGGCGCCGGCUAUAGAGGAGGACCUCCACUCAGAUAGCAGCCACCUGCUGAGUCCGUGUGAUGCUAAAAGGAUGCUCAUGUCGUCUUCUCGGCCCAAAUCCUGUGAAGUUCCAGGCAUUAACAUUUGCCCAUCAGUGGACGAGCCCACAAGUAUCCCUCCAGUGCCCUCUGUCCUUAAUUCUGGGGGCUCACUGCCGGACCUGACUAAUUUGCACCUGCCUUCCCCUCUCCCCACCCCCCUGGAUCUGGACGAGUCAGGAUUCAGUAGCCUCAGCGGGGGCAGCAGCACUGGCAAUCUGGCCAACACCAUGACCCAUUUGGGCAUCAGCAGGAUGGGGCUGGCCCCAGAGUAUGAGAUUCCAGGUUACUCCCCAUCGUCAGUGCAGAACUCGCUGAGUCGGUCGUCCCUUCAGUCAUCACUGAGCAACCCGAACCUUCAGGCCUCCCUUAGCAACCCCUCCCUGCAGGCCUCCCUUAGCAACCCCUCCCUGCAGACCUCCUAUAGCAAUCCCUCCCUGCAGUCCUCUCUGAGCAGCCAAUCCCUGACCUCUUCCCUCAGCAACAGCAGCCAGAGCCUUCCCUCGGCCUACAGCACCCCAUCCUCGCCAUCCUCCUCAUUCCCUCCCCCGGUGCCCACCCCCAUGAACACGUCCCCGCGCCGGAGAGUCCCACUGAGCCCUCUCACUCUCCCUCUGGGGGGGGACUCUAGAAGGGCCCACCAGAAGCAGUUCUCCCCUACUAUGUCUCCUACACUGAGUUCCAUUACCCAGGGAGUCCCCUUGGAUACAAGCAAAUUUCCUGGUGACCAGAGGCUGCCCCCAUACCACUUUAGCCAUGCCAGUCUACUUCACCCGUCUCAGCAGCCUCAACAGCCCCUGCAUCAAUCCCAGCAGCCUUUGCACCAGCAACUUCAGCCGCCGUCCCAGCAGCCUUUGCACCAGCAACUCCAGCAGCCUUUGCACCAGCAACUUCAGCCGCCGUCCCAGCAGCCUUUGCACCAGCAACUUCAGCCGCCGUCCCAGCAGCCUUUGCACCAGCAACUUCAGCCGCUGUCCCAGCAGCCUUUGCACCAGCAACUCCAGCCACCGUCCCAGCAGCCUUUGCACCGUUCCCAGCAGCCAUCACAUCAGGCUCAGCAGUCGUCCCAGCAGCCACUAUUGCACCAGUCCCAGCAGCCUUUGCACCAAUCCCCACACAAUCUGCAGAAUUCUGUGCACCAGUCCCAGCAGCCUCUGCCCCAUUCCCAGUCGUCUGUCAACCAGUCCCAGCCAGCAGCCACCCCGUCCCCGCAAUCUCAGCGCCAGUCCCAGGCACCCAUGAAUCCGUCUCAGCAACAGUCUGUGAAGCAGUCCCAGCAGAUGUCUAACCAGUCCUCUCACCACAGUCAGCAGCCUCUGCAGCAGUAUUCCCAGAAGCCUUUGCAACAAGCCCCCCCAGGUUCCCAGCAAUUUCAUUCUGCAUCUCAGCACUUUCCUGCCCCGUGCCAGCAGAAUUCAGGGGGCCAGCCGUACCAGCAGCUGUUUGAGCAUUACAGCCUGGGCAGUUUGGAGCAGUUUAAUAUGCUGGAAGGACACAGUGGGGGCUUUGGUCUGACCGGGGGCUUCUUCUCUGGGGAGCAGCACGGCGGGACCCUGAAUGGCACCCCGACUCUCAACAAGCAGAACCUCAACAACUGCAGCCGCCAUGAACCCAUCCCCGAUAUCAUCCUCACAGCUGUGGACUCCCCACCAGGUUUCUCUAAGGAAAUCACAUCUGCCUUGUCCUGCGUCCCGGGCUUUGAGGUUGACCAGUCACUGGGGUUAGAAGAAGACCUUAACAUUGAACCACUCACCUUGGACGGACUCAACAUGCUGAGCGACCCCUACGCCCUCCUUACCGACCCCAUGGUGGAGGAUUCUUUCCGCUCCGACCGGUUACAAUGAAGGGGGGCGGGUUGGCUCUGGUAAAGCUUCUCCCCCCACGGCGUCCAUUUUGCCCAAGCGUUCUCAGGGGUUUCCAUCUCCAGCAUGAAGAUCCAACCAACCAAAGAAAAGCCCAACUCUUUGUACAGAGAAACAUGAACUAUAUUUACUCGGCCUGAGCAUCAAAGAGCUAAGAAUGUUCUGAUAGAAUGUUCUGGUGCUGUGCUGGACACAGAUCAUCCCCCCAAUCUACUGGGUUUAUUCUGCCUUCCUAAUACGCUGGUUUGUUUAGAUGGAAUAUUCCGAACCAGAAGAUUUAUUACAUGAUGGAGCCAGUCAUGGAGACCCUGAAGGUCCAAACUUGUAGGAGAGGAAGAUGCCAAGGGAUUCCAUAUUAGCUGGGUGAUCCUGUUCAUGUCAAAACAGAACCCAAUCAGUAGGUCAACGUGAAAGUGAAGACCCUAAGGGGCGGGAUAAUCAUGGUGGGAAGAUCCUCUCUGACAGAAUAUUGUCUAUAUAUGAGAGUAAUUCAGGUCCAACCCAGACCUGACACUAUAUCACCAAAGGCAUAGAGACCCCGGGCCUGCUCAUUCGGAGCCCAAGGGUAUUAACCUGGAGUUAUUGUCUCUGCUCUUCUGGGAAGGUUCCCACCAGAUGUUGGACCCUGUAGGCCAGUCAAGUUCUUCCACUGCCUUCUCACCAAGCUAAUUCAGUAAGGACGUUGGGUUGUGCAUAAGGUCCUUAUUGAGAUGAAGAAGGAAAAAGCCUUCAGUGAAUGUUCCACAGAGUAGGGAAUGCUAAGAACCUUAUUGAGAGCUGUAGUGCUGAGGUUUCAUUGGAAGCCAUGGCCGUUAUUCCUCCUCCAUUAAAUCAGGCAGGUAGUGUUCUCCUGGCAUCCCCAGGCUACUCCAUCAGAGAGAGAACACAUUUCCACUGCUCCGGGAGUCUCAACACAACCCUACUGGCAACGAUUGGCAUGGUGGGCAUGGGUGGGCCAUGGAAUACCCCUUUGCUUGCAGAGAGUUUGGAAUAAAAGUGACUAUAGAGAACAAGUGAUUUUAGAUAUUACUGUACUGAGACUCUUCCCACCCAUCAGACCUAUGCAAAGGGUCACUUUCUACUCAAGGGACCUGUGCAGAACUUCUACCCGUCGCCAGAUGCACGUCUCAACCAUCAGACCUAUCCAAAGGCUCAAAGGCUAUCCCAAGUUGUCCAUUGACCCUAUCACAUGGUUCAUUUCUUAUCCAUUAGGCCUAUAAACCCAACUUCCUUCCCAUCAGACCUACCCAAGGGGUCACUUCCUACUCAUGGGACCUAUGCACAGCUGACCUUAUACCCAUCACCAGAAGCAAAUGUCUCAACCAUCAGACCUAUCCAAAGACUCAUGGGCUAUUCAAGUUGUAUUUCCUUUCCAUGGAACCUAUCACAUGCAUGGAACUGAUCACAUGGUUCACUUCCAAUCCUAUAAGGCCUAUAAAUGCCCAACUUCCUACCCAUCAGACCUACCCAAGUGGUCACUUCCUACUCAGUGGAUCUAUGCAGAGCUGACCUUAUAGCCAUCACCAGAAGCAAAUGUCUCAAGCAUCAGACCUAUCCAAAGACUCAUGGGCUAUUCAAGUUGUCCAUUGACCCUAUCACACAGUUCAUUGUCUAUCCGUUAGGCCUAUAAAAACCCAACUUCCUACCCAAGAGGUUACUUCCUACUCAUGGGACCGGUGCAGAGCUUCUACCCAUUGCCAGAUGCAUGUCUCUACCAUCAGACCUAUCCAAAGACUCAUGGGCUAUUCAAGUUGUCCAUUGACCCUAUGACAUGGUUCAUUUCCUAUCCAUUAGGCCUAUAAAAACCCAACUUCCUUUCCAUGGAACCUAUCACAAGCAUGGAACUGAUCACAUGGUGCACUUCCUAUUCUAGAAGACCUAUAGGUGCCCAACUUCCUACCCAUCAGACCUAGUAAAAGGGUCACUUUCUAUUCAUGGGACACGUGCAGAGCUUCUACCCAUCACCAGAAGCAAAUGUCAACCAUCAGACCUAUCCAGAGACUCAUGGGCUAUCCCAAGUUUUCCAUUGACCCUAUCACAUGGUUCAUUUCCUAUCCAUUAGGCCUAUAAAAACCCAACUUCCUACCCAUCAGACCUACCCAAGGGGUCGCUUCCUACUCAGUGGACUUAUGCAGAGCUGACCUUAAACCCAUCGCCAAAAGCAAAUGUCUCAACCAUGAGACCUAUCCAAAGACUCAUAGACUAGCCAAGUUGUAUUUUCUUUCCAUGGAACCUAUGACACGCAUGGAGCGAUCAGACCUAGUGAAAGGGUCACUUCCUAUUCAUGGGACUCAUGCAGAGCUUCUACCCAUCGCCAGAAGCAACCAUCAGACUGAUCCAGAGACUAAUGGGCUAUCCCAACUUGUCCAUUGACCCUAUCUCACUGUUCAUUUCCUAUCCAUUAAGGCCUAUAAAAACCCAACUUCUUUCCAUGGAACCUAUCACAAGCAUGGAACCGAUCACAUGGUGCACUUCCUAUCCAUUAGGCCUAUAAAAACCCAACUUCCUACCCACCAGACCUACCCAAGGGGUCGCUUCCUACUCAGUGGACCUAUGCAGAGCUGACCUUAAACCCAUCGCCAAAAGCAAAUGUCUCAACCAUCAGACCUACCCAAGGGCUCACUUCCUUCUCAUUGGACCUAUGCACAGCUGACCUUAUAGCCAUCGCCAGAAGCAAAUAUCUCAACCAUCAGACCUAUCCAAAGACCCAUGGGCUAUCCCAAGUUGUAUUUCCUUUCCAUGAAACCUAUCACACGCAUGGAACCGAUCACAUGGUUAAUUUCCUAUCCAUGUGGCCUAUAAAAACCCAACUUCCUUCCCAUCAGACCUACCCAAGGGGUCACUUCCUACUCAAUGGACCUAUGCAGAGCUUCUACCCAUCGCCAGAUGCAAAUGUCUCAACCAUCAGAACUAUCCAAAGACCCAUGGGCUAUCCCAAGUUGUAUUUCCUUUCCAUGGAAC